AUGGGUGGUCUGUCUCAGGCGCACUUCCCGAACAUCCAGGGAAUCAAUUCUUUCAAAGGUCGUCUGCUUCAUGCUCAGGAAUGGCCUGACGGUAUCGAUCUGACUGGCCUGAAUGUUGGUGUCAUCGGAAGUGGCUCGACCGGCGUUCAACUGAUGACUGCAAUCGCGCCCAAGGUCAAGAAUCUCAUCUCCUUCCAACGAACACCCCAGCAUUCCGUUCCAUCUGGCCAAAGACCUGUGUCGGAAGCGGAACGCAAGACCAUUAACGAGAGUUAUGAUGAGAUAUACAAAGGAGUUUGGAAUUCCGUUGCUGGGUUUGGUGUGAAUGAGUCUGAUCGACCAAUGUCCUCGUACCCACCAGAGGAACGAAGAAAGGUUUUCGACUUUCUGUGGGAACAAGGGAAUGCGUUCCGAUUCAACCUCAGUAAAUUCAACGACAUUGGGACAAAUCUGGAGACGAAUCGCGAGACUUGCAAAUUCAUCAAAGAAAAGAUCGAUCAAAUUGUCAAGGAUCCAAGGAAGGCCAAUGCUUUGAAACCGACCGGUCUUUACAAUCGACAUGGAAAAGUGCAUGAGUUGGAUGUCCUGAUUUUCGCAACUGGUUUUGACGCGAUGGAAGGUACAUUUGCCAAUAUCACCAUCCAAGGUCGGGAUGGCAAAUUGAUGUCUGAUCAUUGGAAGCAUCGCCCCAGCUCAUACCUUGGAGUGACAAUGGCUGGAUUUCCCAACAUGUUCAUGAUUUUCGGACCUCAGGGCCCAAUGUCAAACGGUGCGACAGUCGUUGAAGUUGAAGGAAACUUCAUUAUGAAGCUUAUCAAGCAUGCGGAGAGCCGGGGCAUUCCGGGUGGCACAAUUGAAGCUCUGCCCGAGUCGGAAGAGAAAUGGAGGGAGAUUGUGACGAAGAAGCCAACACGUCAAUUCUUAAAGAUGCGCCUAGUAGCUGGAUUUUUGGAACAAAUGUGCCAGGCAGGAAGCCCGUCAUGA